AUGUCGAGCCCACUUGUAGACGUCUGGGAGGCUGCUGCGUCCUCGCCCUUCAGCCCUGCCGUCGGAAAGAACACGCAGUUCACAGUCGGCUUCGUGCUGCUGGCCAUCUACCGCUCCUUCAUCAACCUCCCCGUUCUCGGUGUUCCCGCGUCAUUAGCAUUCGGCUUCGGCGCCGUCUACAUGAUCUGCGCAGUCGGCGUAUACGUCUAG